AGUAAAAACACAAAACUAACAAACAAUUGAUUCCGAGUGAACGACAUAAUCCUUUGUUUUCUUUCUAAUCAUAACAUACAUGUGGUUGGAUGGGAUGUUCAGUUCUUUGCUGUCGUUACGUAACGAAUAAAAAUGUGGAGUAAAUAUAAAAUCUGUGGGUUUAUAAUAUUCAACGAAGAAGAUGGUCCAUUGGCCAUAGAUAGAUAAACAUGUCCGUUUGAAACGUCAAACAAUCUCUGAUUCAAACAUGGCCGAUGAGGUUGUGCGUGUUUUUCAAACACAAACAAAGCCAAUAAAACUUUUAAAAUGGAAAGUCCGGCUAGGAUACACGGUUUCCGUCGGCAGAGUUAUACUAACCUAUCAAUUCUGCGACUCCGAAAAGUCAGACCACCGAAAAUUAAAAGCGUCCCAAGCCGGUACCAUAUCCAAAUUCCUAGCCCAAGAAGGGGAUGUAGUGAAUUCCGGUGAAGCGCUUUUUGAAAUCAGAUCGUGUACACAUCCUACCAUUAUGAACGAUAUGUGCGCAGAAUGUGGGGCAGAUCUAAGAAAAGAUGAUAAAAGUGUGACCACGGCUUCGGUUCCCAUGAUUCAUUCAAUUCCCAACUUAAAAGUUAGCGAAGAACAAGCGCAAAAAUUAGGAAAAGCGGACAAUGAGCGUUUAAUAAGGGACCGCAAACUGGUUCUAUUGGUAGAUUUAGAUCAGACCUUAAUUCACACGACAAACGAUAAUAUUCCCCCGAAUAUUAAAGACGUAUAUCAUUUUCAACUAUACGGUCCCCGUUCUCCCUGGUACCAUACAAGGCUCAGACCGGGAACGCAUAAAUUUUUAAAUUCCAUAUGUAAUUAUUACGAACUACACAUUUGUACUUUCGGAGCUAGGAAUUACGCCCACACCAUCGCCAUGUUUCUUGAUUCGGACCAAAAGUUUUUUUCCAAUAGGAUCCUAUCAAGAGAUGAAUGUUUCGAUCCUACUAGCAAAAAGGCCAAUCUUAGAGCACUAUUUCCCUGUGGUGACGAUAUGGUCUGUAUUAUAGAUGACAGGGAAGAUGUAUGGUCCCACGCGUUAAAUUUAAUACACGUAAAACCAUACCAUUUUUUCCAACAUACCGGGGACAUCAAUGCUCCUCCAGGGUUGGAUAAACAUGAAGAUGAUAAUAAAGUCGGAUUUGAUUUAAGCAAAGUAUGCUUGAAAGAAAAAAAGCCAGAUAUUCCAAAUACAGUUGAAAAUGGACUAGUAGAUAAGGAAGUGAAUGAAAAAGAAGGUAAGGAAUGUCAGAAGGUUAAUGGUGACAAAGAAAGUUUGGAAGAUCAAACCGAAAAGUUAAACCACAUUAAAGAAAAAGAUAAAGAAACAGAAGAUAGCGUCCUUGAGCUGGUAGAUACAAAACGAGAGAUGUUGGAAGUUGCAAAAGAUAAUCUAGAAGACAUAAAAGAUGAAAAAAUGGAAGAUAGCGAACUCAAGGAUGCUAAGCAGGUAGAUACGCAGCAAGAGGUGUUAAAAGUUGCAGAAGAUAAUAUAGAAGAAAUAAAAGAUAAAGAAAUGGAAGAUGAUAGCGUAAGGGAUCCAAAGCAGCGGAAAGCCGCAGCAGAUAAUAUAAAAAAGAAUGAAGUUGCACCAUCUGCGGAGUUAAAGUCCGAUUCCGAAAUUGCAGCUAAAGUUGAUGAAAAAAGUGAGGUUAAACCCGAUCAAAAAGAUAACCUCAUAGUAAUCGAAGAUCCGGAUGAUUAUCUGGUUUACUUGGAGGAUAUAUUGUCGCGGAUCCACAGAGCCUUUUACCUAGAAUUUGACCGAAUGCAGUCGGGAAGGAUACCGGAUUUAAAGAACAUUAUACCAGAAGUGCGUAGCAAUGUUUUAAAAGGCACCAAGUUGGUGUUUAGCGGUUUGGUACCAACUCGUUUUAAGUUGAACGAAUCGAAGGCUUACCAGGUGGCUCGAAGUUUAGGCGCAGAAGUCACUCAAGACCUGGAGGAAGAUACCACUCAUUUGGUAGCCGUCCGGCCUGGCACCGCGAAGGUCAAUGCUGGUAGGAGAAGGAAAAACAUAAAAAUUGUUUCUCCAGAAUGGUUGUGGUGUUGUGCCGAGAGAUGGGAGCACGUGGACGAGAGGGUGUUUCCAUUAACGAAUAAGGGUUCGAAAAACAGGCAUCCUCCGCCCCAUUGCAGCAGUCCGGAGCAUGUUACGGACUAUCCGGAACACGACACUCCGGCACUUAGGAAAAGGACACCCAGCGGAAGAUUUAUGGACACCAUUAAUCCUCUGAUGUCUUUUUCCAGUGAUGAUAUAGCGGAUAUGGAUAAGGAGGUUGAAGAUAUAUUAGACGACGACGAAAGCGAUAACACCGAAGAAGAGACAGUACUGCCGAAUCCGGUCGAUGACGUCGAAGACACAGACGACAGCGAAAGCAGCGUCAAAAUGAAGCAGAUGAUACAAACUGAUAUUUUAGAUAAUUACGACAAAUACGAUGAGGGCGUGGCCAGCAGCAGCAGCAGUAGCGAGGGGGGCUUGAUGGACGAACUAAGCUCCAAAACACUUGCACAAAAGAGAAGGCGGAGCAAAAGUUUCUUGGAGGGUGAGGAAAUUUCAAGUUCAAAGAAACUACGACACCUACGAGAGGAGAGGGACGACAUGCCGAGCGUAAGAUUUAGGAGGGGCGAGGAGGUGGAUGACGAACUAGAUGUAGAUCCUCCUCCGGGUCCAGAAGAUCAAGACAGUGACAGUUUUGGGGCCCCCGAUGAGUCAGACGAUGGAGAAUGGAACAUGAUGGGGGCGGCAUUGGAGAGAGAGUUUUUAUCAGACUAAAAAUUGUAUAUAGUUGUAUUAUUGGCUGAUGCGAGAGAAACUACAGGGUCGCCACUAAAGUUUGCUUCCUAUUGGAAUAUUUUUUAUUAAUAAAUUUUGGCAAAUUUUUAUUUUGAGGAUGGAUUUAUGUUAGUUUUCGAACAUAUUUGCCUGUCGACAUUGACAAGAACUAUUUAAAAAAUAGGUUAUUUUUGAAGAUAUCAAAAAGAAUGAUUGGAAACCUUGUUUUCAGUUUUCUACCUUAAAAAAAAAUGGAUUUUUACACGUUUUCUAACUUAUUUAUAUUUUAGUAAUUC